UCUACCUAUCGCCGCAUGGUCCGUUGUCGCCGCUCCGUUUUCACUUCGGCCUCGCCUUCUUCCUGUCUUUUGCCUGCAUGUCCCCAGCAGGGUCUGGCCAUCCGGGGACUCGUCUCUGUGCACAGUUCAACACUUCCUAUACUUUCACGAUCAGCUCGUACACGGCACAUUCUCGACUCGGCCAGUUCAGCGGCCUCGAAGCUUAGCCCGUCCAUGUCCUCCAGCUACGACAGUCCUUUGUGACUGCGAGUCACCACUCCGCACCAUCGGCCCACCCGAUCCUUCACCACAUCCCAUCAAAGGCCGCCGAGGCAUGCCUGCACAGAAAGAAGUCUGCAUCUGUAAUCCGUCCAGACCGUAGCUUGCUUUGAGCUUCUGCAAAAUAUCACUGUAUCCGGAUUCAGCAUCCUCUCGAGCCAAGCGAGAGGUCACCAUGAGCUCUGGUCCAACGAACCCGGGAGCCAAGUCGCUUCCUGCCCCCAGCCCGUCGUACUCGAGCAGCUCACAGCCCAUCUCUGUCCCUUCGUCGGGCUUCGAUUCCAGCUCCCGUCGAUCGAGCGGGCUCUCGAAUUCUUCCCUCGCUGCACCGACCCCUCGUAAAGGACAAGGCUUGCGGAAGCAGCAUCGCAAUCAGCGGCGACCUCUCCGAGCUUACGAUCAGCCGGACGAGGAUGACGCCAUGGCCGAGCUUAGAGCUGUCCAAAAAGCAUCGAGCCGACGAGGGCAAACUUCCAUCACCCAUCUUCUAGACUACUCGGCACCGUUACGACACGUCCAAGAACUACACCACCACUCCCGAACGAAUCGGCGGCAUCCCGCGUACCCAGGCUCUGGGUACCAUACUGUCGACAAGGCCAGAUUUGUACACGCAAACUACCGAUUCGUCGUGGAUCCGAAUGGCAGCUAUGCCUCCCAGGCGAGCGACGCCGACAAGCACCUCGACUGGUCCAACGUCCUCCAGAUAAUUGCCUCGGCCGAGUCCCAGACGACAGCAUGCCCAAUAUGUCUAUCCGAUCCCGUGGCGCCCAGGAUGGCACACUGUGGUCACAUCUUUUGCCUGCCUUGUCUUUUGCGGUUCAUGAGCUCGACCAGUGACGACGAGGCGCACAAUGUGCGGAAAGAGGCCAAGUGGAAGAAAUGUCCCAUCUGUGAAGACUCGUUCCGGUUGUCAGAGACAAAACAAGUCCGCUUCUACCACGGCCAGGAGAGCCCGCUACCACGACCAGGAGAAGACGUUGUGCUGCGUCUAAUGGUCCGAGAGGCAGGAUCAACGCUCGCACUUCCCAAAGAAGGAGCGGCUGACGUGCUCAACCGAAGCAGCGAGAUUCCGUGGCACUUUGCAGCAAAUGUGUUGGACUAUGCACGGAUCAUGAAGGGCACAAACGAUUACGUGCUGGAACAGUUUGACCGAGAGGUCGACGACUUGAAACGGCAAGCGGUCGAAGACGAAUAUCAGUUCGGGAUUGAGGAUGGCGAGUGGACACAGCGUGCCAUCAAGGCGAUUAGCACAGCCCGAGAGAAGUUCAAGAAUGAGCCCAUGGACAUCACGCUACCUUUGAGCAGUGAGGCGGAGGCAGGCAAGGGCAAGCGUGCCGCCAGCCAGCAGUUUCAUUUUUAUACGGCACCACCACACCUGUACCUCGCGCCACUCGACAUCAGGAUUCUCAAGACCAAGUUUGGCGACUUUUCAAACUUCCCAACGACGCUGCUACCGCGGGUGGAGCACAUCUCGACCGGCCACGUGGUGGACGACUUCCUUAGGAAGCGAGCCAAAUAUCUGGGCCACCUGCCGCAGGGCUGCGUGGUGAGUUUUCUGGAGUGCGACUGGGCGGAGAUUGUGCCGCCUGAGAUCCUCGAGACAUUUGCUGGAGAGCUUGAGCGGCGACGCAAGUCUCACCGGGACAAGACGGCGCAAGAGGACCGGGAGCGGCUGCAGGCAGAGAGGCUUGAGGCGGCAGCCAUUGGGCGUGGCACGAGACGGCACUUUGAAAAUUCGCAGGGGCACCACUUUGAGGAGGUCCCGACAGUCCUGAAGUCGGAAGAUUUUGCGCCGCUGGGGACCCCAAGUGGAACGACGCCGCCUAAUCCCCGGCCUGGAUUUGAGCAGCUGGCGUCGAUGUCGACGAGCCCGUCUACGGCCCGGACGGUGUGGGGUACGACGGCGCUGCCGGUGUCUCCGAGUCUCGAGCCGGUGCGGGCGGUUGACGAUGGGUGGCUCAAGGACGACGACAUUUUCGGGGCGGCCGAGAUAGCGCUGCAGAUGGAGGCGAUGGGUUUGGAGAUGCCUAAAUCCGAGCAGGCGAGCAGUAGCGGCGGCGGCGGCGGUGGGGUUGGUGGAGGCAGCGGCGGCGGCAAGAAGAAGAAGAAGCAGAAGAUUACGCUGAUGAGCACUGGAAGUCGGCGGACGGGCUGAGAGGCGCUCAUGAGUUGCUGUCAUCGCAAAUGCCAUUGGGGAUGAUUAUGGUUACCCAAGAAGCGGCAUCUAUCUAUAUAAACACACGGCCGAGCUACAGUAGCAUGUGGACUUGUGCUUGCACGGAGUACUGUGGGCCAGAACUAGAGCAGAAUAUAUAUUCAGCGAGCAUGCAUUCCUAUCAUUAGUUUUUGCCCUUUGCAGAGAGGCCAACAAAUGUCGCCGACCGACUGGAACAUCUGGGGAAUGACUGAUUGUCAUGGAAGGGCGACGGCUUAUCGCAGGGUGGCCGAGCCCGACGGAGCGGCUGUGGAAGCGGAGAAUCGGAGAAGGUGGGGUCGUCGACUGGGGGACGGCCAGGGAAGGUG